GGGUGAAAGUGGAAGGGUACAGAACUGGAAGGAAGGAGAAACUGGCAGGGUGGAACUGGAAGUGGAACUUGAAGAAGAAGUCUGGAAGGGGCAUGGUCAUUGUUCCCACGAAGAGGUAGCUGGUACUAAGGUCGCUUCUUCAGCCGGAUCUUAGGAAAGACCCUCAACUUAGGUGCUCGAUAAUCUUCAAAGAGCUGCGGCAGUUUCACAGCCAUAUGAUAGACGUUGAGUUCAAUGUGGGAUCUGCUUGUUUUCGCAGAAAGCAGUGAGCUAGCUGAACAUCAGCGGUGCCUUGUCUUGUCCGGGUGCCGGUACUUCAGGGAUCAGAAGAACCCCAUCUACAAGCCGACAGCAACGACUUAACACCAGAUGCGGGAAUGAGCAGCGCCUCCCUCCAACAAGAUGUUAUCGUCGCUGCGGAAGAAGCACCCAUCCUCGUUCUUCUCCCUGCGGUGCUUCUCGCUGUUCCGCAUCGUGAUCGGGAUCCUGCUGUCAGCUCACAUCCUCCUCCAUCUGCGUCACUCGCACGUCUUAUCUCUAGAAGGCCAGACGGACGCAUUAGGUGACGAUGACUUUGACAGAGGUGCCACAAGCUCACCGUCCCGCUUCGGGCAAGCCGCUAAGCUCGUGGGAUCUUUUCUGCCGAAGACCAGAGCUGGGAACGCCGUUCCGAAAAGCGCGCAAUCUAGACGCGCACUUUUUGGGGAUUUUGUGAAUGGCCUUACCGGGGGGAAGCAUGCGGGGGUGUCUGAGGGGGGGGUUGGCAAGGGGCGCCAAGCGGGGGGCAAACAGGGUGAGCUGACUUUGUCCCCCCUUGACAAGGAAAACGAAAAAGCUGGUUCGCUGCCUGACUCCCAGGGGGGUGGUACUGGUAGCUCAAAUGACCCCCAGGAAGAGGCGAAAACGGGGGCAGGGGUUGAAGGGGGCGAGGAGGAGACGUCAAGGGAUCCCCCUGGAGAGGGAGCUUCACAGGAGGGGGAGUCGGAAGAGGAGCAAACAGACCUCCCAAGGGAGGACCCGCUAAUGGGUGUGCUGUCACCGGAGGAUAAUGAAGAGCUCCAGCAGAUCGAGGGGUUGCUGGAGUAUGAGAUCUACGUCGCAGAUAGGGCGGCAGCAGGCGACUUUGAUGAGGGAGAACUAGACCGGGAAGAGGAGCCGUCCGGACCGGUAUCGACAGAGAAGCAUUGCUUUGGGGGGGGCUGCGCGAGCAGUGGAAAAUCUGAGGGGGCUGCGACGGAGAGCGCGAGUGCGGCAACGCAGGGGAGCGAUGCUGAUUCAGAGGAUGAGCAGGCGUCAGAGAAGCAUGGAAAGGACGGAGAAGGGUUCGAGCCUGUUGACGAGCGGCAGUCUACGGACGGACGGGCUUUAGAGGUGCAAGAAAAGGACGGGGCAGAGGUUGCGUCUUUGGAGAAGGCCGGGAAAGAAGAGCGUGAGUUGGAAGAGUCUGAUACCGAUGCAGCGUCGGGGGAGGCCGAUGAACCCGACUCAGAGGUUUCUGAGAGUGGGGAUGUUCAGACGGGGAGUGACAAGAAGAACGCCGAAGAAACUCUCAAAGAAGCUCCUGUUGUUGCGAAACCCGAAACCGACAAGUUGAGUAAGAGCCGAGGGGCCUUCGAGGGCCCCCUCUCGUCGGAUGACGUCAGAGACCCAAAGCGGCGGCGCGCGCUGCUGCAAAAGAAGAUCGACGAGCAGCUCAAGCCGUACAAAAAGGGGGGGUUCACGUUUGCUGACGUGGCAGCGCAGAAGGAGAAGAACCGGAUGAGCACGCACUUCAUCAUUGAGCCGGGGAAUAUUACUCUGCUCAAGGAUCCGGCCGAGUUGAGCGACAACUGGAGCUACUGGUUUAGGGCCGAUCAGGUUCGGCAGAUCUUCCAAAAGCUAAGCGAACAGAAGCGCAUCCCCGACCAUGUGGAAAUCGUGGUCAACAUAGAGGCCUCCCCCCGGUUGCUUCGCUCGGAGGGAUCCCCCGACCUGCCCCCGGUUCUCAGUUACUGUUCGACGGCGGACCACUACGAUCUGAUUGGCGUGGGGUAUCAGUACCACCGGUGUCUCAUGAAAGAAGAGUACGCCAACGACGAGAUGUGUAAAAAACAACGGUGGAACCCGGAAGCGAUCCGGAAAGAGCACCCCUGGAAAAAGCGAAUGGAUACGGCGCUGUGGCGUGGGUCUCCAACGGGCGGGUUGUACCGGAUUGAAGACUGGAAGGAGAAGCCGCGGAGCCGGCUCGUGAUUAUGUCCAAAACCUAUCCCGACGUGCUGGACGCUAUGUUCACGCCGUGCUCCGAUGGGCAGUGCACGAAGGACGGCGCAGCUGCGAUUGGCGAGGAGCUGGGUUACGCUGACCGGCUGGCUAAUUUCACGGACUACGUGCAUCACAAGUACCUGGUGGACAUCGACGGGGAAUCGUGGAGCUCGCGCUUCUUCCAACUGCUCGCGUCGGGGGCGACCAUUUUCAAGCAGUCCACCCACUACCGCGAGUUUUCCGACUUCUUCUUCGAAGCGGGGAAGCACUACGAGCGGUACGCCAAGGAUCUCGGCGACCUGCUCCCUCUGCUCCAGGGGGCGGAGGGUCGCCAAGAAGAGCUCCGGGCCAUGGGCGAGCGGUCCCUCGGGCUGGUCGAGCAGCUGGUCAAGGAUGACGUCGUCCUAGAGUAUCUGGGCAUGUUGCUGACGUCAUACACGGAGCUGUUUGCGGAGGAGGGGGGCGCGAGCGACAGCUGAGGCUGUCGGCCCAAGACGUCAUCGUUGUCAAAGGGCGGAAUGCGAGGGCGGAAUGCGAGACCGGAAUGUGCUUGGCGGAUGCUGGGGGUUUGCGUGGGGUCAGCAGGGCAGCCUGGAAAACGUAUAGGGCCAUCGAACGCAUCUAAGCAUGAACUUAAAAGUCAGUACCCUAGAAGCCUCUGUAAGCUAACCACCUUACUAUGAAUCGCUAACGUGUUGACGCUUGCUGUUGAAGAGUCGAAGUCCUUGUCGCGUGCUUGCAGGGCACUUACCGAACUUAGAUAUAGACUGCCGUUAAAGUCGUCGACUGUUAUCCGUAGUGGAUAUGUGACUCGGCUAAGAUAGGACAUGUUCAGUAGAAGGACCAAACCCUCGCAGGCGUACGCUAUCCUGGAAUCUGCUUAAGUAAUAUCGAGACCCGCAAGGACGUGCGUACUAGGGAUGUGUAUGCAAUUGGUGUGGAGCGUUGCGGAA